AUGGAUUGGUUUGAUGAGAAUGGUAUUGUUGUGCUCGAAUGGCCUACCUGCUCACCAGACUGCAAUCCAAUCGAGGACCUGUGGUCCAUUCUUUCUAAGGAGAUCUACAAGGAAGGAAAAAUGUUCAAAAUAAAAAAGGAUCUCAAGCAGGGAAUAAGAGAUGUGUGGGAAAACAUCACAUCUGAACACUAUCUAGUUUGUCAGGUUCGAUGCAGAAAAGGAUGA